UACCGCGCCAGUGGGCGGGACGUAAGCUUAUGAGGAUUUUGCUUGUUUUCUUUUUGCGUCAGGAAGCUGUUUGAUAAAACUUGCUAUUGUAGGUUGGACGGAGUAAAGAAAGGGAGCGUGAAAAAAUAUAUAUUUCCCCAAAAAUGAGUGAAAAGAAAGGAGAACAGAACCAAGUAAAAUAUUACCGUCUGGAGGAAAUCCAAAGCCACAACUCAAGUAAAAGCUGUUGGAUUAUCAUUCACCAUAAGGUUUAUGAUGUGACCAAGUUUCUAGAAGAGCACCCUGGAGGAGAAGAAGUUCUAAGAGAGCAAGCUGGGGGGGAUGCUACGGAGAGCUUUGAAGAUGUUGGUCAUUCUUCAGAUGCUAAAACUCUGACUCAGACAUAUGUUAUAGGCGAGCUUCAUCCAGAAGAUCAUCCAAAAAUUGCAAAACCAGUGGAGCCACCCCUUAAAAUGGUGCCUGAAACAAGUUGUUGGACCAGUUGGGUAAUUCCAGGAAUAGCAGCAGCUCUUGUUACACUGUUGUAUCGAUUAUAUGUGACUGAAGAAUAAUGGAAAUUAAGAUAACUAUGGAUCAAAUUCAUAUAAUAAUGUAACUAUUUGAAAUAUAAUAAUCAAUUCUAGCUCUAAUUCAGAGUAUUCCCUUAUACAUGAAGGUUUUUUUUCCCUUAAACUCAGAAGAUUAAAAAUAUUUAUUUUAAGUGUACCUUUUGAGCCAUUUACUGUUUUCACAGUGUAAUUUGAUGUAUAUAUGAUCAUGUGCCACCAGCAUGAAAAUGCUUACUUUUAGCAUAGUUAAGAUGCUUUAUCAUGAAAGCUGUAAUAAUGUCUGUGGAUUUAAUCUGAUAUUUUGUAUGUUGUUAAUGAAAAUAACUUUUCUUGUCUUAACACAGACUUGUAAUCUGUCUAAAUACAAUAAAUGUGAAUUAAAUUUUCAAUUAAA